ACGCGCACGAAUGGAAUCCCACAGGCUGCUUUGGCUGGGUCUGUGGCUGCUGGGGUAAAGCGUUUGGAAGUUUGCAUUGCGCACCAGGAAAGGGACUGGCACUUUCAUUCCCCACCCCCUUCCCUCCCCGCAAACUAUUUCAGAGGUUCACACCAAGGUAAUAACUGUUUUCGGUAAUCCGGAGACGAUUGGGAACCUAUCAGAAGAAGGCUGUGAGAUCCAAGAUUAAAUACUGCAGAGUGAAACCUCCUUGAAUUCUAAGUAAAUAGAACCGAAUGUUAGCUAGAGAGCAAGAUAUUAACAUUUGGUUCGUUUCCCACUAUGCGAACAGAACAAAGCAAUCAUGUUAUUAGCGUACUAUUAAAAAUAUGUUUCUUGUGACCUUGACCAUUGCAAGGGCCCAAAUUGACCUCUUCAUUAUAAAUCAAUGGCGAAUAACAGCUUGUCAAACGGCUCCGCAAACCAUGCAGGAUGAUUUACUGAUGGACAAAAGCAACCCCCAGCAGCUUUCACCAAGGUCAGAGCAAAGCACCGAAGCCGCAGAAACCCCCAAGUCAGAAGACAGCUCCGUGAGUAUAAACGCCCCGGUUUCUGCCCAGAAUAAAGAGAAGGCGCAGAUGGAAUCGCCAAUUUUGCCCGGCUUGAGCUUUCAACCCCAGGAGCCAGGUACCUCCCUGUCUCCUUCGUUCAGUACGUGGUCGACGGGCAGCACCAACACGGCGGAUGAUAGCUUUUUCCAGGGUAUCCCGGCCGUCAACGGGACGAUGCUGUUCCAAAAUUUCACUCACGUCAACCCGGUUUUCGGUGGUACUUUCUCGCCCCAGAUCGGCCUGGCACAGCAGACGCAGCACCACCAAGCCCAGCAACAGCAGCAACAACAACAACAACAGCGGAGGUCGCCCGUCAGCCCGCAGGCUCCUUUCGCCCAGCGUAGCGCCUACAACCACCAGCCCAUCAUGACCAGCAAGCCGUCCUCGGCUUGGAACAACCAUCAGAACACCACCUGGAGCACGGCCCCCAACCCCUGGAGCGGGCUGCAAGCCAGGGACCCCCGGCGAGCUGUUGGGGUGCCUUCCCCCCUCAACCCUAUCUCUCCACUCAAGAAACCCUUCUCCAGCAAUGUCAUCGCCCCUCCGAAAUUCCCUCGAACUGCACCCACACUAACCCCCAAGUCGUGGAUGGAUGACAAUGCCUUUCGGACAGACAACAGCAACGGCAUGUUGCAAUUUCAGGAUCACUGUGGAAAUUCCACCUUUGGCUGCUGUCUCUUUGGAAUGGUAUAUAAACACACCAAUUCAAUCAAAUUGAAUUUAAAAAGAUCAGAAUUAUAA